CAAACUAAAUAACUUAUAGUAAAUACUCAACUAUUGGCCAUGUCUUACCAUGUGAUUAAGGGCGUUAAUGUAAGAUUGUCUGAUAAGUUACAAGGACACAAGCAAGAUAACAACACGAGAUAUUUCACACGGAAAGCUACAGGAUAUAUCAGAAUGUCGGAUGUGUGCUCUCCUAUUCCUAUUGUUGAUUUGGAUAGAAUAGGUGUGCAUAGAAACCCCAAUGAAGUACACAUCGCUGCAUUACAAACUGUUUCUUCAUCAUUGAAAACCACUUUCUGUCAAUAUGGGGUAUGUUACUUUAAAAAUCAUGGUAUUGACGAUGCAUUCAUGGACAAUUAUAUGACAGUAGCUAAAUCGUUCUUUGAGCAGCCGGUGGAAAUGAAAUGUCAGUACGUGCGUGGCCCAACAACGGAUUUCGGUUACACGCCGAUGGAAAAGGAAGUUGUUAAUUUCAAAAGACCAGCAGAUCUAAAGGAGGCGUUUACCUAUCAACCAGGGGACGAUCCUGGUGAUAUGGCAGAUAAAAAAUUCCAACAAAGCUUGAAUGAAAUGUUUGCUCAUUGUACAGUGCUAGGAUGUCGCUUAUUGGACGCCCUUUCACUUGCACUUGGCAAACAUCAACUGUUUUUAAGGGAGGCGCAUAAGUUGAUUGGAACAAAGAACAAUCCGACAACACUCAAAACUUUGAUGUAUCCACAAAUGUCACCAGAAAAGAACAUUAAACCAAACCAGGUUCGUUUAGGAGAGCAUUCGGAUUUCGGAACAAUGACACUUAUGUUCCAAGAUGAAGUCGGUGGUUUGGAUGUAUUUUUCCCGGGUAAAGGUUACAUACCGGCAACUCCCAUACCUGGUACAAUUUUGUUGAUUGCUGCUAACUUACUUCAACGCUGGACUAGUGACUCAAUUGUUUCUGUACAGCAUAGAAUUCUUCAAACAGAAGAUCCAGCAAAACAAACCAAAGCUCGCCAGUCAGCUGUAUACUUCAUAGUUCCAGACUUUGACAGUGUGAUCACACCAAUUGACGGUUCAAAGAGGUAUGAACCAAUCACGUGUAGAGAAUACGUAAUGCCAAAGCUUGAGGACACACUAAGUGAAAAGAAUUAGAUAUCUUCUUGAUGACUUAUCUUUUAAGUAGACAAAAAGUAUUUUUUAAGAAAUUUACGACAGAAACCUUGAUUUUAAUAUACUUUUUAAGUGUGAUUGAGAAAUAUUUUGAAAACGACUUAUACAACAAUAAGCGGCAAACAUUUUCUAAUGAUCCAUUUGUAAUUAAUAUGUACUGUUAUAGAUGUAUAUAUGAUAAAAACAUUAUUUACAUGCUUCACUUCUUGUUAUUUGAAGGUCAAAAUUCAGCUGCUAUAAAAUUAUACAUUCAGUAUACAUGUAUAUUAUCUUUGGUUUUAUUAAACAACCAACAAAACAUCAAAUUGUAAUCAACACGAAGCACGCAAUGUUACCAUAGUAACCAAUACGGUUUUAUAAUAUUGUUCUUAAACGGGCUUGAUUUAAUCAGAUUAUUUAUGUUUCACAAACAGAAUUGUUUGUUAAUUUGGAAGACAUGUAUAUUCAGCUUCUAAAUAAAAUAUCACACAACCAGUUAA